AUGCGCUCUCCCGGUUCUCCUACUCCGCGAGAGGUGAGACGGCUUGCAUCGGACCAUGACUUUGUCCUCGACGCCCAGCCUGCGCCCCGGCGCCUGGGGUGGUGGGCGUUCGUGGCGACCCAUCUCUCGCUCCCAGCCGCUCUCUGCGCGGGGGCCAUCUUCGUCGUCGUCGCCAUAGUCUAUACGAGUGCGACAAGCAGGCAGCUCCUCGAGUGUCCGGCAUGGGCCGUCAACUGCAACAAGGCCGAUGACUGGACGAUCGACCAUCUCGGCACCAUCCAGGGCAUCAUUACUUUGGUGUUCUCCAUAGGCAUGGCCGCCUUGGCCUAUGUCGCACUGACAUUUUGCGAGGCGGCCGCCUGGCCCCUGCUGUCCGAGCAUCUCUUUACUAUUAGGGGGCUCGAGGCAUACCUGUCAACAACGCGCGGAUCAAUAAUAGCGGCCCCCGUGGCCCUCGUGUCGGCCAAGGACCCCGCGACCGGCUGUGUGCUCGCGGCUGCCGUAGCAGUCACACUAAUCCCACUCGUCGCUGCUCCUCUGAUCGGCUACGCAUACACGCCAACCUUGCAGUCUGUGGAGCUCGAGAGCAGCUACACCCCCGGAGGCGGUAUCCGCGAGCUGUACGCGCAGACAGACCCGCCCACGUCCGUCAUAGUCGGUGUGCUGGCCGAAUACAAUUCCUGGGCGGCGGACCCGCCGUCGGAGCCACUGCCGGCGUACCGGGAGUGGUAUGUCGACAGAGAGACGCUGGGCGAGCGAGGCAGCUUCUCGGCUCGGGCGCUUCGGCUGCAGACGUCCGUCUCGUGCAGCUCGCGGCAGGUGCAGCAGGUCAACCGCGACGGAGUGUGGUGGAACGCCUUCGAGACGAACAUGACGCGCACGAGCAACAAGAACAACAGCGCCGAGGUCUGGGUUCGGCCAGUGCCGCAGCUUGCACUGUGGGCAGACGGCUUCGAGUUCGUCUCGGCUCGGCGCACCAAGACGACGCUGGUGUUUGCCGCACUGAACGGCUCCAUUGACGGAGGCAGCUGGACACCCGUGGUACUGGGAAGCGGGAUAGGAGGCGCAUCGGCCGUAGCAUGCGAGGUGGACAUUGAGGCGAUCGAUGGCGCCUUUCUCACGACGAAUGCGGCCUCGGACAACUCGAACGCCGACGAUCUCGCAGUCCUGUCAUCCGCCGACAACCUCGAGCUCAGCGACGCGGCCGCCGAAACACGCAUCAACGAGAUGCUCCUGUGGUUCACCGCCGCACCGCUGCUCGCCGGUAGCAGCGUUGACGGCACGCAGCCCAUGUUCUUCAACUCGACGGCCACAAACCUACCCGUGGCCUACACAACCUCUGGCGCGGAGCGCAACACAUGGACAGCUGAGGGGAUCGACACGUUUAUACGCAUGGCGGUGGGCGCGCUGGCGCAGGCGACAUCGCGCACUCGUGCGUCCUCGUCCUCGUCCUCACCCCCAGCCACAACAACACUCAAGUCAGCGAUACCCACAAAGAAGCUGGACCCGUCGCGCGCAAUGCUACUGAUCCUGCUGCCGGGGCUCGUGGUAGCGCUCGGGGCGGCGGUGGCGUGGUGGACGGCGGCGACGCACGCGCGGAACCAGAUCCCCGUGAUGCGGCUGGCGGGACCGGGCGAGCUGCUCAAGAGCGCGCAGACGGGCUGGUUGCGCGGGCAGGCGGGUACCGACGCGGCCAAGACGUAUCUGCCGCACGAGCUCGGCGCGCUCGAGGUGCGGUACGGCGUCGACAAAGACGGCAUCGCGGGGCUAGCGCGCAGCACGCGGCCCUUCAACGGUCACCGCCGCGUUGAGUUCGAGAUGGUUCAGAGCAUUGCUGUUUGA